AUGGAGACAUUCACAUCCUUAACUGAUCGGAUUCGAGACGCGUUGGCCGCCCUGCCCGCCGCUUCGGAGCAAUGGGUGCUGGGAUCCCCAAGCAACAAGAUUAUCAACGCGUCGGCGCUACUGGCUUUGCUUUCCUCGGCCACUCCCGCCGUUCCAGCUGUCGCUAACGUCACGCUGUACCAACCUGAAAUCCCCAUUGCACCAUCUCCUCUUCCUGCGCCCGCCGCCUCCUCCCAAAGCGAGGAGAUUAUUCGUCAAUUUGUUCAACUUGACCGGUCAACGGAAUGGCACCUUGCCCAGCGGGUUCAGUUCGAAGGGGAUACCUUUGAGCCCGAGGGCCUCGCGCGCAUAGCUGAUAGCUCGGCCGACGACUUGGAUGGCGCCCGGUAUUUUGUUUCCGCUGGCGAAUGGACCGUCCCAAGGACGGCAGACACCCACGGGGAGGGAUUUGCCCAUAUGCUAGUUUUCGAUGGAAACGGCCGACGUCUCGCGGAUGCCGUGAUCACGGAGCCCGGGGCGCUCGAGUACCACGGCGGCGGUAUCGAAUACGACGGGACGUACAUAUGGACGACCCUGGCGCAAUACCGUCCCGACUCGACCGCCACCCUCGUCCGGAUGCGCCCGGACACCUUGCAGCUGGAACCCCUGCUUCGGAUCGCUGACCACAUGGGAGCCGUGGUUCACGAUCUAUCCACCGGGAACAUUUUGACCCUCAACUGGGGCGCCCGCAGUGCGUCUCUCUGGAAUCUGAAUUACAAGCCCGCCACCCCGCCCGCCUUCACUGCCCCGCGCGCCGUGAUCAAGAACCCCAGCCACUACACCGACUACCAGGACUGCAAGUUCCUAGGCCACUCUCAACAAUACGAGUUCCGGCCUGUCAUGCUGUGCUCUGGCAUCACGAACCUCUACGGCACGACCAUCGGCGGCGUGGCCUUGGUCGACAUGCGGUCCAUGGUCCCUUUGUAUGAAGUGCCGCUGACCAUGGUGUCCGACCACGGUGCCUUGGUCACCAAGAACCCGAUGGACGUCGCCAUCGUCGACGGCAAGCUGCGGCUUUUCUUCCUGCCCGACGAACGGAACUCGACGCUCUACGUUUAUGAGCCUGCUGGGUCCGCGUGA